GUCGAAUUAUUUCUGUGCUUCAAACAUAUACCUUUUGUGUACAAACCUAGCAGCAAGCGAGGCUGUAUCAAGUACCGUAGUUUGGUGUUCGCGGGCAAGCUGCUCGGCUUAUCAUUUUUUGCUAGCUACUUAGAGCACUUCAGAAAUGGAAGACGUCCCUGAGGAGAAGCUGCAGGAGUACAAGGAGGCUUUCAGCCUAUUCGAUAAAGAUGGCAACGGGCGGAUUACGACAAAUGAGCUUGGCACUGUGAUGCGAUCACUCGGUCAGAACCCUACGCAGGCUGACCUGGAACAGAUGAUCCGUGAAGUCGACAAGGAUGGGAGCGGGACGGUGGAGUUCCAGGAGUUUGUCCUCCUCAUGCAAAGGCAGCAAGCUGUGCCUGACCAGGAAGAGUCCCUGCGUGAAGCCUUUAAGAUGUUUGACCGGGAUGGGAACGGCAAGAUCAGCGCGCAGGAGCUCAAGCACGUCAUGACGAACCUUGGCGAGGCCCUGACGGACGAGGAGGUUGACGACAUGAUUAAGGAGGCGGAUGUGGACAACGACGGCAUGGUCAACUACGAGGAGUUCGUCCGCAUGAUGUCGUCCAAGUAAAGUUGAGGCGACGGGAAGUUUGGCAUGCAGUUGCCCCGCUACCGCGACGAACAACGUUGGAAGUGGUUCAUGCUGGCCCGUAGCGUGCUUGUCGUACAGAACUAUGUCGCGUGUGUACAGAACUGUCGAUGUCCCUCUUUCAGCGGACUGUUCGUAUCCGUUGUCAUCACGACGCUCGUAUGUGGUUACUUCGGGUGGAUCUUGAGUAGCCCUGCACCAAGCAGUGACUAACGCGUGCAAUGAAGGCGAUCUCCAUAAGGGAAUUCUUCCAUAAUAAACGGUUCUGCAUGGCUUUGAGCACUCCUUACGCAAGCCCUCAAGGUACCAAGUAGUGUAACAUCGAUCAUGG